ACGGCUAGAAAAUUAAUGGCCAAGUGCUAACUUCAUACUCAAUACUUAUAAUCAUAAGUUUGAUAUUUAAUAAAGAAUAAAUAUUAAAAACUCGUUAAUAAAUACUUAUUUUUAUUAAAUUUUAACAUUUCAUAUUUUACAACAAUGAAGCAAAUAUACCAGUUAAUUGAAAAUUUACCUAAUUUUUAUGAAUCUAAUAAAUGCCAAAAAGUACUAGUUGAAUUCAAUAAUGAAGAAGUACUGUAUAUAAUUGGAACAGUAGAUGUAGCAGUAAUGGAAGGCUCAAUUGAAGUGUGGGGCUACCGAAUGACCCCUGAUACUCCAUCUACCACCUUGUAUUCAUCUGGUUUGUUCGGCUUGAUUUCAAUUACAUCAUCAAAUAAACAAAAAGCUGUAGUAUUACUAGAAAAUAGUAAAUUAAGUUGUAAAUGGAGGACAUUCAUGAAUACAUAUGUGCCUAGUUUUAGUGUGUUUGAACCGAAGGGUACAAGGUUAACACCACCGAAACCUAUUGUAGAUCUUGAAGAACAGCUAGGUUGCCAAUUUGAUUUAAGCAAACUACCUAUUUCAAACCGAAGACUUAUCAUUGAUGAACAAUGGAAAGGUUUUGGAGAUGAACUUCUGAGUCGCCCCGUUGACCAACCAAUGAAAAUAUUAUUUGCCGGUUAUCAAAAUGCUGGAAAAUCUACAAUGAUGUGUUAUUUUAUUAAUAAAUGCUUACAAAAAUGGAAUCGAAUAUUAGUAAUCGAUUUUGACAUCGGUCAGAGUGAGUUCUUUGUUCCUAAAUGCAUUUCUGCUUUCAUUAUUGACUCACCACUACUUGGCCCUAAUUUCACACAUUUGAUACAGCCUUACAAAUCAUAUUUUUUUGGAAACACUGAUGUUAAGAGUAACGUUAAGUUAUAUUUGGAUAUUGUCAAAGUAUUAACUAAUGAUAUUACAAAUGAUACUAAUUUGAACAAACUACCUUGUUUUAUUAAUACCAUGGGAUUCGUAAAAGAUGAGGGGCUUCGUAUAUUGCACAAUCUCAUUUAUGUCACAAGCCCAACAGAUAUAGUUCAACUCAAAUUCAAUGAAAUACAAGACUUAAAUUUACAUUCAGAUGUAGUUAAUGACAAUAUAGGUGCAUCGCUAUCGUACAACUUAUGGUACUUCACCUCAUUAGUCAAAAACAAAUUGGCUAAAGCUCCAUUUUUAAAAGACUGUGACAAAUUAAAUAAGCAGUAUUUAGUAACAGCAUCAUAUUUCAGCAAGUGUUUACAAAACACUGAUGUAUAUUUUAGUGAUGUUACUCCAUACAGAGUAAACAUAUGCAGUAUUGUUAUCAAUAUUACUGAUAUUGAUGAGCUAACUCAAGAAGAAUUGUUAGACAUAAUAAGUGCAAACGUAAUUGCCUUAUGUGUUUCUAAUAGCGAAAAACCUUGUGAAUGUGUUGGAUUCGGGUUUGUACGCAAUGUAAAUAAAGUGACGGGAGAUUUAUACAUCAACACUCCAGUAAUACCAUAUAUUUUAAAACAAGUCAAUCAAAUACAACUAGGAAAAUUAACCUUACCUACCACAUUCUAUACUAAAGGAAUACAAAUUUUUAGGUAUGUUAGUUUAAAAAAGGAUAAUGUUUUUAAUGAAAUUGUAAAAAGACAGCAUAAAGUAAUGUUAUGAGUUUUGUAUUUGUAC